AUGGCAUCGCUCCGUACAAGGAGCCAGUACAUUCCAGCCAACAAGGCGCCUGUCGGGCUGCCGUCUGGCCCGGCGGGCGGCCAAUCUGCGCGCCGAUUGCCUGGCCCCAACUUGUUGCGCAAGGAUAACCGCAAGAGUAGAGUGGACGAGAAGAUGAAGCAGAGGCGAAUGAGCAUGCGUCCCAACUUUCUCGCCCAAGACCCAUACCAGCAGUAUCAGUACACCCUGGAUGUCGCUCCCCCGAUAGCAGAGAUGGAUUACGACGACGAGAUCCCACCACCGCCAAACGUUAUGAACAGGCAGAGUACCUACCAGACCUCGCCGAGGACGUACGAGGAGCGCGAGCUUGAGGCCGACAAUGAAGAGCGUCAUGAGGAUAUCCGACCAAGGAGGGUAACGAACGAAGACGAGUGGGACUUUAGCGAGCUCAGCAAAGACGGCGUCGACGUUCAGGCUUUCAUUAGGAAGAAUCUGAGCGGUGCCGAUGAUGAGGAGAAGGCGCGUUUCAUUGCUGCCCUGCAAAAGCAGAAGCAGAGUAACGCGAAGGAGUUUUCAAGAAGUGCGUGGUCCGCUAGCUCGAUUUUCGUAUCAGAGGCACUGACCUAUAGCUAUGCCGAGUUCGUGUCCAUCUCGAAAGAGAUUUCUACACUGGAAAACGACAUGUUCGAGCUGAAGGAGCUGCUCACGGAAUGGAAGGGUGUGCCGCAGUUGAUGGGAAUGGAAGACACGUUGGCGCCCACGCUGGACAAAGAUGGCAAUGGUAGGAGCUGGAAAAUGACAAGGCUGACUCUGCAGUCGAGCGUCACCGUCAGCGAAGACAUUCACCGGUACCUGCCGAUCGUUCCCGGUCGCCAUCUUGUGUACGAGGCGCAUACCUUCGUUGAACUCAACCCGGCAACCUACAAGGCGAAGCAGAACGUGUCGCUCUUCCUCCUCAACGACCUGCUACUCGUUGCUGGGAGACGGCGAUUCAAGGGUGCCCCGGGUAUGGACCGUGAGGCGCAAGAGCGAGGUCGUAUGGUCGCCGAGCGCUGCUGGGUCCUCACUGAUCUGGUCGUCGUCGAUCUCAAGGACAGCGGUGAUCUGACCAACGCCCUGAAGAUCAAGCGAGGCAAAGAAGUUUGCGUGUACCGCGGCAGCCGGCCUGAGGACAAGAAGGCUUUGCUCGCGGCUUUCAGGCAGGUGUCUCAGGAGCUUGCCGAGAAGCGACGAAAGGAGAACGAGGCGGAGCAGGAGCGCCGAAAGACGUUGUGGCAAUCCGAGGCUGGUCCCAACUCUCGAAUGACCCGCAUGUCACUCUUCGUCCACGAAGGUUCCACUGGCAACGACCGGCAGUUGUCCACCAUCGGUACCAGCCUCACGAACUCGAAGGACCUGCUCUGGAUCGAUGACUUUGGAGACGACCUGACGAUGGCGAUCGCAACGAAGGACUGGGAAGAGGCGGUGCGCCUCUUUGAGAGGGGGCAGGAUCUCCUCCGCACUGUUCAGGGCAAUAAGGAGGCCACGGAGAUGUUAAAGUUCCGUCUAGACUCGCUGCGACCGCCUCUGGUGGAGAAGAUCGCUGGAGAUCUCCGAUUGUCUGAGCUGCGGAAAGGUUCAGCAGCGAACCUCAUCAGUCUCCUGAUCCGUCUCGACCGAGCCGAGCUCGCCCGCGACACGUUCCUCGCCGCGCGACAUGAGCACUUGGAGGGACUGGUCCGCAGUAUCAAGCACGAAGGGGACAUUAUUCUCUACAUCAAUGAGCUUGCCAUUGUGUGCUUCACAGUGAUCAAACACACGUUCGACUGGUUCAACAACGCCUUCAACAACAGUAGGCUUGCCUCUGGGUUCGUGACGUGGGCCAAGGAUCAGAUCGAGUACUUUGGAGACAUCUUCCGUCGCCAAGUGUACGCGCCCACCACUAGCGAAGGCGUGAUCAGUGACUGUCUGCGAGUCACGCAGAAUGCGAACAGGAAACAGCUGCGGGAGAUUGGCCUGGAUUUCACCUUUCUGCUCAAUGCCGCCACGGAGCGACCCGGUGAGAGCUCCGCCGCUGCCAACGGUGUCCAGCGGACACCCGCGUCACGUGCCGACAUGGGGACGCCCCGACGACCGACGCUUAGCCCGCUCGCAACAGGUACCCCGUCACCAACACCGUCAGCGGAUCUGUCCAAGGGCAGCACGGCACCUCUUAGCAUCAAGAACAGACGUCCGAGUGCAAGCACCUUAACCCCGCAAGAGUCGUCGCGUGGAGAGCUACCGUCACGCACUCAGCGCAGCCCGCAGCGCAGUCCGCAGAAGCUUGCUCCAUCUGCUACGCCCAAGGAGCGCCGACCGUCACACGGGUCUAGCUCAGGUUACGGACACUCUCCCCACGACAGCUUGGCACCCACACCAUCCUCGGCUCUGAGCACCAGCCCGUCAUCGCAGUUUCCGGGAUCGAGCAGGACCCCAUCUUCUCCGUACGCGCAGCGCAGCGAGCUGCGCAGUGUCAGCAACAUGUCCAACGCGUCGGCCUCGGCAUCGACGCUCAGCUUGUCUAGCACGCUGUCUGGGCCGCCACCGACCCGUCCCGAACGCAGGAGCCGGCCACCAGCCGUGCGCUCUGGCAGCAGCGGCCAGCAGUUCCCUCACGACCACAUUUAG